GCUGUUCAGUCGAGCAGAUGACUUCAUGUUGUUCCUGAGCCCGGCGACAAAGCAUGGUGAAUUAUUAUAAAGUUCUAGGGGUGCCUCGGGAUGCCUCGUCGGCCGACAUUAAGAAGGCUUACCACCAGCUGGCUUUGCAGGUUCAUCCCGACAAGAACCCCGAGAACCGGGAAGCCGCAGAGAAGAAAUUUAAGCAGGUGGCCGAGGCCUACGAGGUCCUGUCUGACGCCAGGAAACGUGACGACUACGACAGCGCCCGAGGGAGCUUUAUCAGGAGGGAGGAGAAUGGCGAUACCAGCAGAGAGUCGGGUCGCUUCGAGGAAGAUCUGAUGUUCCAGAGGCCACACAGUGUCUUUCAGGACAUUUUUGAGGAGGAUUAUUCAGGGGAAAAUUUUUCAGGGGAUUUCUUAUCUCCCAACCGCGUGAGCAGCGCAGGGGGCCGGCGCCGAGCCCGGGCCAGGGGGAGGUAUCACACCUCCCUCUUCGACGUGGCCCCCAUCCUGGGCACGGGGUUCUCCACUUUUGUCACCCUGAGCUCAGGCAGAAGUGCCGGCUCGGCUUGGUCCUUCAUCCCGUUUGUGAAUAAUAGCAUGGGGAACUUCAGACUAGUCACCACCUGCAGUCAGAUAGUGAAUGGCAGGAGAAUUGUUACAAAGAAAAUUUUUGAAAAUGGGAGAGAGAGGAUCGAAGUAGAAGAAGAGAGGAUGAUCCAUUAGACUCCCUGGCUACACCUGGAAAUUGAUGGAAAAUCCCUGCUGCUGAUGACAAGGAAUGAUGUGUUGACAGGACUUUCAUUAAAAUUGGGUCCUGCUCUGAAAAUCUACGAAUAUCAUGUAAAACCUCUGCAGACACAACAUUUAAAGAACAACUCCUCAUAGUACAGUCAAAUUGGGGCCUUGGACCUCAAAUAAUAAAUGAUUAAGUAAUUUA